AUGGCUGAGAAAAUAAAAAUGAAAACAACCCGACUGAUAGCUCAGUUGUUAGGACGCCGGACUAGCAAUCGACAAAUUGGGGGCUCGAAUCCCUCGGUCGGGCAUUUUUUCCAAUUUUUCACAAAAACCCAGAAAUUUCGGCCUAACAGUGUCAGCCACAGUCCGCAAUACCACAGUAUUCUCAAGCAUUGUUUGGAAGCUUUCAGUGUUAUAUGGGAAGCUCACUUCCAACCUAUAUUUAAAGAAGUUCUCAUUGUCAACAACCAAUCCUUUAAGCUCAAGGGCGAGAAAUUGUUGAUUGCAGUUGCAGCAGCAGCAACAGCAGCAGCAACAGAAAAGAAAUUAAACACAACCCGACUGAUAGCUCAGUUGUUAGGACGCCGGACUAGCAAUCGACAAAUUGGGGGCUCGAAUCCCUCGGUCGGGCAUUUUUGCCAAUUUUCUCCAAAACCCAGAAAUUCCGGCCUAACAGUGGUACAAAUAGCAGGGUUUAGACCACCGGUCUCAAGCAAAGACAAGCCAGGCCUACAAGGUCUAUUCCGAUCUCCUUCCCUUUUUUCUGUAGUCAGCCACAGUCCGCAAUACCACAAUAUUCUCAAGCAUUGUUCGGAAGCCCUCAGUGUUAUCUGGGAGGCUCACUUCCAAAAUAUAUUUAAAGAAGUUCCCAUUGUCAACAACCGAGUUGCUGCAAUUGUCAUCCUAAACAUUAUUAGACUCUCUUGA